UGCUAAGCAUCCAGACCAGUUGCUGCUGAGGUACCAGAUACGCUCCCAGCCAAACGUGAGUUGUCUGAACUUGCUAGCGGAUCCCGAAAACCGGCAGGGAGAGAGACGGUCAUAUUCUCCCAACAAAGCGUGAUGAACAACUUCCCUUUUCGUUCUCCCGCCUGUUUUUGUUUUAUUUUUCUGCAUCCUUUUUCCUCUUCAACCAAAACUGUAUCCGUGGUUCUAGAGACGACUGAGACAGACCACCCCACAGACCAAUGAACCUACGGUCUGGACCGAGUCAGCAUGCAGGAGUCUCCAGGUGCUAUGGGUGUAGAUGGCAGCUACACCAGCAACGUUCCAGCUUUUCUCACCAAACUGUGGACUCUCGUGGAGGAUCCAGAUACCAACCACCUAAUCUGCUGGAGUGCUACUGGGACCAGUUUCCAUGUAUUUGAUCAGGGUCGCUUUGCCAAGGAAGUUCUACCAAAGUACUUUAAACACAAUAAUAUGGCAAGCUUUGUCCGACAGCUCAACAUGUACGGCUUUCGAAAAGUUGUAAAUAUUGAGCAAAGUGGUCUGGUGAAGCCUGAGAGAGACGAUACAGAGUUCCAACAUUUGUACUUCCUCCAGGGACAUGAACAUAUGCUGGAACACAUCAAGAGGAAGGUAUCAAUUGUGAAGAGUGAAGAGACUAAAGUUCGUCAGGAGGACCUUAGUAAACUGCUGUAUGAAGUUCAGCUCCUAAGAACACAACAGGACAACAUGGAGUGUCAGAUGCAGGACAUGAAGCAGCAGAAUGAGGUUCUGUGGAGAGAGGUGGUCUCACUGAGGCAGAACCACACACAGCAGCAGAAGGUCAUGAACAAGCUAAUUCAGUUUCUGUUCAGUCAAAUGCAGUCCAACACACCUGGCACUGUAAGCUUGAAGAGAAAGCUGCCAUUGAUGUUGGAUGACGGAUCUAUUAGCCCCCCUGCCUCCAAGUUCAGCCAUAGUAACCCAAUGGAGCCAAUGCAUGAGUCCUUCUACAUCCAGUCGCCAUCCAAUGAUACUGCUUCAUGUUCUACCACUGGGCUAACAGGUGGACCGAUUAUAUCGGAUGUAACAGACAUGUCACAAGCCAGCAUGUCUCUACAGAUGCAGCCUGAUGAGAGCAGGGAAAAGUGCCUGAUGCUUAUCAAAGAAGAGCCUGUCAGUCCAGGAGUGAGAGCAGGACUGAAAGGAGGCAGUGCUGGUGGAGGAGACACACUAGCAUUGAGCUCCUCCUGUGAGGUGUGCUCCUCAGAACCUCCCGUCCUUCCUGUUGCAAUGGUGCAGUCUGUUUUGGAGGAGAGAGGCUCAACCGCCACAAUGACAGAGAGAAGGAUUAAGAGAGCUGCUAUGGAAAGAGUGGAGUGUGCUUCCGAUACAGUGGAAAAUAUGGAUAUGAGCCUGGAGGAGUUGCAGCAGCUGAUACUCAGGAGCCAUCAGCAGAGUAACAUGGAUCCAGGGACCAGUACUGUUAUUGAUCCCUUCAGUGUAAACCUUCCUCUGACUGAAUGGAGCUUUAAUGAGAUGGAGACCAACCUCAAAUCAUAUGUGUUCCAAAACCAAGAACCUGAGGCUUUUCCAGCAUCUACUUGUGAAAAACAGUGAUCAGUCUAUGCAGUGGGUGGUCCUUUUUGAAAUGGAAGGUAAUAAUGUUGCCACAUAAUCUUAUUUUGAUGUUCACUAUAUUCCAGAGCUGGUAGACAUUUUUACCGAGACAUUUGUUUUAAAUUAAAUGUUAAAUCAAAUGUACUGUAAAUGCGAUUUGAAUUUCUGUUUAAAUGACAAGAUUAAAACCCACACUAACGCAUUACACUCUUCAAAAAUACUUUAACAAUUAUGUCUUCCCAAGGAAAGACAAAUGGCAAAUGUCUUCAAUACAUAUAGUACAUGAUGAUAACCGUGUUGUCCUGUGUAAAAGAAACCAUUUAACCAAAAACAACCAUUGAAAACUUUGUUAUAAGGUCAUGUUGAACACUGUCCUUCAAAACGUAGUUUUUCUUCAUACCACACCUCGCCCUUUCACUUUGUUUUAAGACUGACAACAAAGGUGAAGACUAAGGCCAAUUGUUGUUACUGUGUUUUAAUAAACCAUGUCGCGACUACCUUAUAUAAUGAAUGUAAAGUUUUGAGUAGCUGAUUGAGAGCAAAAGUAAAUCUUAGCUAAACGCGAUUGGAUUGCGUCCUGCAAGUCAAAAUUAGUCAGCAAAAAUUGGCUAUUAAACUGAAUUACACUGAUUAUAACUCAAAAUCAACUUGGUUGCCUCAGUGUGGAAGACUCAAUCCUCAGUACUUGUGAGAGCACACGUUUGUUACGUUGACAGUGCUGGCUCUGGGGCAGAGAGCCAGUCAGAGAUAUUUGCUAGUGACGUCGAUAAGCUCGAGAAAUUUGAAUGACCUGAUUUCAGGCCGGGGUAGGUUAAUUGAAGACUCUAAAUUGUCCGUAGGUGGGAACGUGAGUACGAAUGCACGUUUGUUUAUAUGUGCCCUACGAAUGGCUGCCAACCAGUUCAGGGUGUCCCCUGCCUCUUGCCCAAAGAUAGCUGGGAUAGGCUCAAGCACGCCCGUGACCCUAGUGAGGAUAAGCAGUUCGUAAACUGGAUCAAUGGAUGAUUUACCAAUCCAUUUCAACCUAUAUUCAAUUGAAUACAGGACAAAGACAAGAUAUUUAAUGUUCAAAUUAAUGGCCAAUUUUAAUUCAUAUUUCACAUGUCUACUGAGCCAGCAUAGAGACAAUAUAAGUUGAUUUGGUAAAAUAUGGGAUGUUUAAAUGUUUCAAAACAGUGACUAUGAGGGCAGGUUUUUUUCUGUCUGCUAAAUCUGUCUAAAAUUUGUUUUGGUAUGUUUUCAGAAAUUUACAUUAAAACAGCGGACAAAGCAGAAAUGUGACCAAGAUUUUUUAUCAGACAGCGAGUAAAUACUACAAAAUCAUCUUAAUCAUUAUAUGUUAUCCUUUAAGUAACAACUAUUUUCAGUACAAUCUCAUGUCUUGCUUUGUAUGACCCUAUUAAUUAUAAUUUCUCUUCAGGCCACUGACACUUCACCCUGCAUGAAUUUGAUCCUUCAGGCCGGCCAGGCUAUUUAUUGUAUUUGCCUUCUUUGCAAAAAUAUACUUAAGAAAUGCAGAAAUGAUCAUAUUUUUACCAAUUAUGUCUUUUUUUCUUUUUCUUAAAUAGAUUGAUUCAAGUAUAUCUAGCCUCGAGCACUUUAGUCUUUCUGUGAGAGGGAAUUCCUACUUAUGGAAGUGACUUAUUCCUCCUAGAAUUUAUUACAAAUAUACACGUCUACAACAAGUGAACAUUUUUAUUUAACACAAAAUAUUGUGAUUAUCUGAGUGUGUGCAAAUGGGGCGUGGGGCCGUCAUGGUAUUUUUCUGUUUUUGGUUGUUUUUUUGUCUGAAAAAAUUUAGACACAAUCAAACUAAUUUUGUGUGUUACACUUAAUGAAAGGCAAGUUGUCUUUAGUAAAAGAAAAUAUUCUCACAAUGAACAAAUGGAGUCAAGCCACUCUAGAAUCCAUUCAGCAACCAUUUUUAAGUAUUAGUAGGACAUAUAAGGUUUAAUAACUAACCCAUGUACUGUCCAUGUGUUAGCCUGACAGGUAGCUCGGGUUGUUUUGUCUAUUUACAUGUGUGGUUUCCAGGACAUAACUGAUGGACGUUUCAAUUUGACUGAACCAACAACACCACAGCAUUUUUGCACAAACUACAGUACAUACAGUUAUGGUAAAAUAUUUAAAAUAUUUUGUUGAUUGUUAAUUACAUUCUACACCUGCUUGUUUAAAGCAGAUGCAAACAUGUCAGAAAGUUAGACACUGCCUUUCAUAGCUUCCAGAUAAUCCUCCUGUGUUUUAAAAAGGGUUCAGUGAGGAGGUUUCUUGAGCAUUUCAUCAGUUACACAGCUAUAAAUUGAAGAAGUGUAGAUUUAUUCUCUGUAAUGCCAUUCAGUUUAAAAUACCAACAUUGCAUUGAUAGAUAUUUUAAAGUUUUCCUUAUAGCGCUAGUAUACUUGAGGGGAAGUUAUAAAAAUGAUAUGAAUUGUGCAAUACUGUACAGAAUGCAAUAUGUGGAUGACCAUAGGAAUGUAGGAAAGAGCAACUGUGAGUGGUGGAGUGGAACACACCAAAGUAAGAUGCACAGCAGAAGGAGAAUGACUGCUUGUCCAAAAAACCCCAAGGCAGGAGCAACGUGACUGGGAGGAGGAAUUUCUAUUUGGUUUACUCUUGUUGGUGAGAAUCAGAGCAGCAAUUUACUUUAAAAUUUCGCAAAAAUCUAGCUGAAGGAACUUUUACCCUGAUGCAUUACAGUGUUAUUUAUGCCUUAUAAUUGAUCACUGUAUAUUUGAUUUCUAUUUUAACCUGUUGUAAGUAAAAUGGAAACACACUGAAGUUGCAAAAUUAUUUAAAAACAAAAAACACAAACUAUGGCUUCUGCUUUAAAAUCUUUUGAGGUAGAUCCUCCUUCCCUGUGCAUGUUAGCUUUGAUGUAUAAUGUGGAAUUGCACUAAAAUACAGUUGUAUAUUUGAAAGUGUACAGUACAUUUAAGAUAGCUUUUAUUUUCUUGUUCCUUACAACAAUGAGUGUUUUUCAGGAGUGACUGCACACAUUCAGCUGCUGUUGUGUUCUUUAUUUAUCUUGUUUUCAUUUUUUAUCAUUUGCACUGGAAAUGAAUGGAUGUGUGUGAAGAUGCAUACUCCUAGAUGAGUGCGGUAUUUGUACCUAAACAAGUGAAAAUAUGGCUGCUGUUAAAGAAAAAGCCUGGCAUCCCCCCAAAGCAUUGUUACACUAUGAAAAAGAAAAGGGAAUUGAAUGCGUCAUCUCUUGUCAUCGGCCUUUUUUAACUACUCACCGAAAUAUUUUAUGACUACCAUUAAACACAUAAAAGUGCUUCAAUACUUUUGAAAGUGGGCCAUCAUCAGCUGGAAAUGUGAAUGUGUUUAAUGGCUUUCAUAAAAAGACUAAAGUGCAAUGUUACACAGGGUCAAAUAAACUGGAUAUGUAUUUCACAUGUGAACAAAAUAUUAAAAUACCAAUAAAUGAAAGAAAAGGGAGACUUGAAUGGGACAUUUUCAUUGCAUUUGUCAUAUACUGCCCUGCAGUUCCAUUAUUGGAGCCGGGAGGGCGCUUUGCGUCCUCUCUCUC